AUGAAGCAUAAAAUAGAAGUGAUGUCGAAGCGACUAGCCGAACAAUGUGUAAAAUCGUUGAACACGGAGAUGAUUAUUGACAUGGAAGAAGUUACGCAUGGAGUACGAAAACUGGAAGGUCGCUUUCGCAGCCCGCAUGCGGUGCUAUUCCCAAAUCAAUUGCCUGGAUGUCUUCAGUGGGCGAUUUGGAGAGCUUAUCUGCCAGCCGUACGGCGGAAAGGAGUCUGCAUCCACUUAGCGGGGACAGGAGAUCAUUCCUAUGUUAGGCGUGAAUUGGGAUUCGUGAAAGGCCUUCUAGAUGAAGGCAUAGGAUCAAUUCUUCUUCAAAAUCCAUUCUAUGCUGACCGGAAACCGCCAUCACAAUUUCGGUCUUCUCUCGAGAGCGUUUCUGAUCUGUUUGUGAUGGGAGCUGCUCUGAUUUCCGAGUGCGCUUUUUUGAAAUCAUGGGCACACUCCGAGGGCUAUGGACCGAUGGGACUGUCUGGAGUCUCUAUGGGUGGGUUUAUGGCAUCAUUAGCUGCCACAAACAUGCGGACCCCAGUUGCAGUUAUUCCAUGUUUAUCGUGGACGACGGCUAGACCGGCUUUCACGCAAGGAGCCUUACGACAAGCUAUAAAGUUCGAGCAUCUUCAACAACAACUCGAAGAUCGGAAUUAUCUCGAAAAAUUGCAAAGCAUUCCGGGAGUGAAUUGGGUGGACGAAAUGUAUAAACGGAAUGCUUCUAAUCGUCAAGGGCUAGCGUAUAAUAUGAUGUGCAUACUAAUGGACGAGUUUCACAUUGUUAUCCAACUAUCCAAUACCGAUCGACACUUCGCUGUGCACAGCGGUUGUUGCAGAGAAUGA